AUGUCGUGGACUCAAAGAUCGAAUCCGUAUGAUGCAUUCGCUCAAGAAGCGACUCAGACACCACUCGCAGUUGCAUUCCCACAAUGGAUGCUUAACAUUUGGGAAAUAACUCAUGAUCAUCCUGAAGGUCGCUGGUAUAUUGAGCCCAACGCUCGAUGUUUGCGACAAAAAGCGAGUUUAAGAAUCGUCUUUGCACCUCUUGAUCUGCCCCGCAGAGACGCCCUUUCGCAAUGCAUUGAACUCUUCAACAUACUCAACAUCCCAAGCGACUUUACAAAGGAACGUCUUCAAUCCGUAAGUCACAGCUUCGGAAGAGCUACCGACAGCCAUGGCUCCAGCUCCUGGUUCCACUUCCUCUGCAAGAACAUCGACGUGAAGCAAAGGCCCGGCAGCGCUCCAGAAGUAGACAACCGCGCUGCUUCCAUGGGCUAUCACACCUCCACCCUGCCGCAAGCCGACUACAGUUGGCAUCGUGCGGGCUUCUUUUUACGCGUGGAGAAUACUGGAAGCACCACGCUGGUCUGCUUCGGGGCCGCGCCUAGAGUGAGACAGAGGAUCAAUGAGUUUGUUGCCGCAAAGGCGUGGCAGCAUGUUUCCACGGAUCCGUACAUUCUGUUUGAUCUUGUCUUUGAUGCGCUGUACUUUGAAGUUGAUGACACUGUCUGGAAGAUGAACACAAUCUUUGGCCCCCUAGAACACUUGAUCCUUGAGUACUCAAACUCUAAAAACGUGCGCAAGAUGAGCUCCAAAGUUCCUUUCUCUGCCAUGCACAACUGCGCCAAACACAUCAUUCACAUAGGCGAAGCAAUCGAGUCGUGCAUUAUGCUUGUGGAUGCAACACUUCACAACAUAGGCAAUCACAAUCAUGCAGAACAGCCUACGUCUAGAGAGCCAGUCCUCAAGCAGCUGCGCGAAACUCUCCAGUACCGACGCUCCUUGUUCAUGUCCAGUCAACUACGACUGAGCAGUCUACAAAAGCGCAUCGACAACGCAAUCACUCUGUCUUUCAACCUCGUCACACAGCAGGAUUCAAUGGUCAUGAUUCAAGACUCCAAUUCCAUGAAGGUCAUUGCUGCCAUCACCAUGAUCUUUCUGCCUACUACUGGUGUUGCCACGGUUAUUGGGUCGCAGCUCUUUUCGUCCGAGAUUCACAAGGAUGGUGAGUCUUGGGAUAUCAAGCUUACACCUUUGUUCUGGACCAUGUGGUGGAUCGCCAUCCCUUUGACUGUGUUUGUUGUUUUACUGGCCGUUAUUUGGCAUUGGUGGGUGCAUACUGAGUCUCCUACUGGGGAGGUGGUUCAGGUGGUAAGGAGGGCGGCCACCUUCAGCUCCUCUGGGACGAAUACACCCCCCAAUAACAAAUGA